AUGGUCCCAAAGGUGAACGAAUCACCAAAAAACUCAACUACAAACGAUGCCCGGGAUCGCGAACAUUCGUCCAGGCUCUCAGCACUCUCGAAUUUUUCUAUUGGAGACAUGUUCAGAGACAUUGGCAGCUCAAAGAGUGUCAAGUUCCCGGAGAAGAUGCUCAAGAUUCUGGAACAGAAGUUGCAGGAUAUAGCCAUGGGCAAGUUGGCUGCGUAUUCGGAUCAGCUCGUGCGACGUACUAUGGCCAAGUUUUGGGGACAGUUCAAGGUCGAAAGUUUCAAGCGACAGAUGAAGGAGAAUCGCAAGAUCGAAGAGCUCAUUCUCAUGUUUGCAACCCAUGCAACUUCGGUGCUCAAGAAGGAACCUACGCUCGCAGGCGACGGAUGGAAACCUGAGCUGAACAACCAGAUUGCCCAUUUCAUCAAGCUUCUGAGGGAAUGUUUGCGCAGUGUGAAUCAUGUCUCCCCCGAGCUCCUAUCACGCCUCGAUGCAUACACGGCGAAAUUGGCACCAACUUUACAACAAGGAUACUCCCAAAGUGACUCGGGAUACGACUCGGCUUCAACGAGGGGAGACCGGGAACCGAUUCCAAGUCUCAGUGCAAGUGUCGGCGACAUGCAUUUGGUCAAAGUUGUAACCGACUUGUUUAAGCUUCCGGAGUCAGCUGUCCAAGAAGAGGUGGACAAGAUACGUGGGUCGAUUGUAUCGGAAAAGGCUGCUAUGACGGACUUGAAGACAUGCCUCAAAAACAUCGCUGCAGGAGCACCAUUCCCAGGUCGACGCGAAGACUUUGACAGCGAUGCAGCGUGGCAUCACUGGCGCACCCUGGAGACGACGCACCUCCAGCAACUCAUGGUGAUCAUGGUGCAGUUCAACCCUGAGCUCGCCAAAUCUACCCCAUCCGACAUUCUCCCUGCAAUUCAGACAACCAGCACUGGACGUCCUGGCUCACUGUACUCCCAAAUCGAAUCACCAACCGCCACCCGACAUCCAUCUAUCAGCAGCAGGAGGUCCAUGUUCAGCGCAGACUUCAAUCUCUCUUCGAAUGGAGGUGGAUCAAUACAUGAGGAUAGCAUUCCUGAAGAUGACGAUCUACCCAUUGGACACCACUUCACUUUCAUCCCGCCCAAUCCCAAAAAAUUCUACAAGCGUCUGGUGGAAUUCUGCCUUAUCGCGGAUCUGGAGGUCAUGCUCUCCCCCGAGGUAGAUGACAAUGAUGAAGUUUCAUUGGGAAUUUUAUCGCCUGCACAUAUUGAGCUAAUCAAUGAGUGUGCACUAAGGUGGCGGAUAGGCCACUCGUAUCGCGCAGCUUGUUUCUUGGACCUUGUCAAACAGUUUUAUGAGCGGAAUGAUGUCCCAAUGGAAUGCAUCCCAGAGGCCCUGCAGAACGUGACCAGAGUGAUACACGAAACCGAGCUGGAGCUAUGGCCUGUCCAGGAUAUCGAUUAUCUCGCAAACACAUAUGCAUCCCUUUUCAACGUCUUCCUUUCCUCCCUCUAUCACUCCAUGGAUGCAAUUCCUAACCUCAAGGUUUCAGAAUUAGAACCUUACCUUGCAGUCCUCAACCAUAUCCGCGAAUCCAGCUUGUUAUCCCGCUUCGACAUUGACAUUGAGGCGCGCAUGCAGGACGUGAAGCAACGGAUACGGCAGGUGUCGGCAGAAUGGUUCGACAUCGUUAUACACGAAAAGCAGAGCGCUCCAGGCGUGAAUCGCGCGCUCCCGCUUCUGCUAAUGACAGACGAGAUCGAGAAAGGGGCCAAAGGGCUGGAUAAAAAAUUCCCUGAGCCUUUGCUGGGGAAGAUUGACAUCGUGUCGCUGUUUGUUGAGAUGGUCGUACCGAAGUUGAUUGGAGAAUUGCAGGCGUCUCAGAAAAGGCUUUUCGAGAGCUCGAUGAAUGGUCCUACGCCAGAUGUGCCAAUUCAAGAUAUCUUUGCGCUUUAUAGACGGACAACAAUGCUGAUGGGGAUGUAUCGCGCGUUCGUGCCUGAAGGUCCUUUUGAUUUCCAGAUCGCAGUGUUCUUUGAGCCUUAUGUUCGUACAUGGCUUACUAAUACGGAUAACAAGACGAAGCAGUGGGUAGAAGCGGCUAUCUCUCAUGAUAAAUUCGAAGCAGAAAGCGUGGAAGGACACAGUUCCUCGAUCGUGGACUUGUUUGACUCUUUGCGGAGUCCUAUUAAUUUCCUUCAAGAAUUGGAAUGGGCAGACGAAUACCAAGAAGGUCGCUUUUUCACGAGUCUAUCAAAGACGAUAUCUAAAGCCAUUGACCAAUACUGUCGCUCCAUCGAGACGCUUUUCCUAAACGAGAUGUUCCCCCGUCCCUCCGAAUACAUACAACCCCAAAAGUCCUCCGCAUGGCUCGAAAAGGCGAAGCAACUCGCAGUGACAGGCGAGAAGCGCGUCGAGCCGUUCAACUUCCGUCCCGAAUCAUGCGUCAAACUUAACAACGUCGAGGCGGCACGCAAGCUGCUCGACAACAUGUACAACCAGAUGAAGGCAGACGAGAUCGCGGAGAUGCUGCGGACGGCGGCGCCCCCUGUGCCGGAUAAGAAGGAGCGGGAUACGUUCUUGUUCUCGGUGAAGAUUGUCAUUGCGGAGGGCCUGGUGCCGCUGGACAGCUCGCCGAGCUCGAAGUUGGAUACAUUUGUGACGUUGAGCGACGAGGCUGGGACGAGGCUGGCGAAGACGAGGACGAUAUAUGAGUCGCUCAACCCCAGGUGGGAUGAGACAUUUGAUCUUUCAGUCGAAAAGCCGCUUUGGCUGAUGGUGUCUGUGCGGGACCGAGCACUCGUUGGCAAGCAUGACAUCGUGGGCCGCGCAUAUCUGUGUCUCGACCCACGUCGGUUCAGCGAUUUCCUUGCACAUGAAUUAUGGAUGGACCUAGAUACUCAAGGGCGAAUUCUGGUCCGAGUGAGUAUGGAAGGCGAGAAAGAUGACAUCCAGUUCUACUUUGGCCGAGCGUUCAGGAGUUUGAAGCGGGCAGAAGCAGACAUGCUGAGGAUUUUCAUCGAUAAAAUGUCGCCUUUCAUCCAGCAGUGUUUGUCGCGAAAUGUGUUGAAGACGCUGCUCAAGUCGCGCGACGCCGGACUGGACUACAACAAAGCACUAGGAAAUGUAACCGCUCUGUACCGGUCCGCGCUAGGAGCGACGUCUUCCGAGCCACAGAUACCUCUACCCUCUGCAGAGAAACCGCGCGUACGACCGGAAGAGCUGACGGAUGUCGAGAUCGAGCAGGCUAUUUUGCCUCUGUUCGACUACUUUGAUGCGAACCUGCAAACCCUGAACACGUACCUGAGCGAUAAUGCGAAGGAGAUGGUUAUGACGAGGGUGUGGAAGGAGAUUUUGACGGUGAUUGAAGGGUUGUUGAUCCCGCCAUUGAGCGAUAUUGCUAGUGAGAUGAAGCCGUUGAGUGACAAGGAAGUGGAUAUUGUGUUUAGAUGGCUGAAGUUCUUGAGGGACUAUUUCUACGCAAAUGGAGAAGGCCCGGUCUCUCAGGAAGUGUUGAACAGUCAGAAGCACAGAGAUGUUCUUUCAAUACGGCUCUACUACGACUGGCAUACCGAUGCGUUGAUGGAGGAGUGUGUGCGCAUGAUGCAGCAAAGUCUGCGCUCUGCGCCUUCAAUCAAGAAACGUGCCAAGAGUGUGUACAGCCAGCGGAAUCUGGGCACCAUCAAGGAGAGGAAGAAGGAAAAGAAACAGGAGACAGAGACGGCUAGUGAACAAAUCAUCAUGCGGAUCCUGCGGAUGCGACCAAGGACCCAAGAAUUUAUAGCGCAACAGUUGCAAAUCAUGCAGACCAUGCAGGCGGAGCAAGAACAACGCGCCAAGGAAGCAGAGGCGCGAAAGGCGAAACGUCAACACAAUCGUGAGCAGAUCCCUGCGGUCCCUCCGCUCCCUGUGCCAUGA